AUGGUUCCGAAAGACGACACUGCCGUGCAGGUUGAUAUCCAGGGUGUGGUGGAUAGUGAAGGGGAUGACACCGCGGGAAGGGAAGCGAAGUGGCAGGAGAUCACUAGACGAGAUCGCUACCUCGGCGCCCUCCUCAUCAACCUCCUCGCCUUUCUUCUCCCCGCCCUCUACUCCACGCUCUCCAAACCAUGGGUCGCCUCCAUCGACUCCUCCCUCGUGGCCACCACGGACGUCUACACGUACAUCUCCGUCGUUGCCGAAGUCCUCAACGAAGGCCUCCCCCGCGCCGCCUGGCUCGUCAUCGGUGACCGCGCCUCCCGCCCUCUCCCCCAGCGCGUCGGCCUCACCUACACCCUCAUCCUCUUCCAGUCGGUCCUCGGUCUGAUAAUGAGCAUCGCGUUCGUCGGCGCUGCCGCUACCUUCGCGAAGGGCUUCGUCUCCGCGCCAACGCGCUGCAUCAGCGUCUCGUACGUCCGCAUCGUGGCGUUUUCGGCGCUCAGUUCCGCGGUCGAGACGGCGGUGGCGACGGCGACGCGGGCGCUGGAUCAACCGGACGUGCCGCUGGUGAUCAGCAGCGUGAAGUUCGGUGUGAACAUCGUGUUGGAUUUCCUGAUCAUCUCGAAGUUUCACGUCGGGGGGCAUGUGCCCACGGUUAAUAUGCAGGCUGGCAUCCUCCUCGCGUGUAACCUGUCUUCCGCGGUCAUCGGUCUGGGGUACUUCGUCGUCAUGAGUACGCGACACCUUCGCGUGGGAUAUGGCGCGGAAGGGCUGCGUGCUGCCCACCCGACGUUCCGCGCUCUUCGGGUCCUUGCGCGGCCGGGGUCACUUACGUUCCUCGAGUCCGCAGUCCGCAACGCGCUGUAUCUCUGGUUGAUCAGCGGGAUCGUGUCGAUGGGACUCCAGUAUGCGACCGCAUGGGGCGUCUUCAACACCAUCCGCUGGGGCCUCGUCAUGGUGCCGGUGUCCGCGCUAGAGGCGACUACGUUGACGUUCGUGGGGCACCGGUGGGGGACGUGGCGGCGGGGGAUCGGGGUCGAAGAGCGGCGGCCACGGGCGGAGGCGCGAGCGCUGCGGGGGAUCGGGAAGCCGGCGGUGUGGUGGGCGGCGGCGGCGCUGGUGGUGGAGGUGCCAGUGUGUGUGUUCUUGUCUGUCUGGGGCGCGAAGGGGUUCGCGAGGUGUCUGUCGGGGGAUGAGGAGGUGGCGGCAAUUACGGAGCGGAUGUGGAGGACGAUUGAUUGGUGUUAUGUGAUGUAUGCGGUGUCAACGCAACUGGCGGCGGUGUUGUUGGCGACGAGACCGCUGUGGUAUCUGUAUCAGUCGCUGGUGUCGAACUUACUGUACGUGCUGCCGUGGGCGAUCGUGUGUCAGGUGGUGAAAUUGGAUCCGAGGAACGAAUGGACGUAUCAUAGUCUCGUGUUCGGGGGGAGCUUAGUGUUCUCGUUCGUCGAUAUUCUCAUUGUCGAUGGCCUGUGGCUUGGCUAUCGCUAUCUAUCGUCCGCUCGUGGACAACGGCGUUCCGACGAUACCUGA